CCUGUGCUUCCCUCACACACCUUCACACAUGCCGGCCACAUCUCAGGACAGGCUUCAGAGCCAUGAGGCCAGCUGAGAGCCUCCCUGGCCCUUUCCCACCGUGUAUAUCCAUGAUUCUGCUUUGUCUCUGUCCUCACCCCUGGAAAACCCAGAUUCAGCCCAAAACUGGCCCCCAGGGUGCCAGAGAAAUUUCUUUAACUUUACAAUUCAAUCCUUCAGGGGUUUUGUGGGGGUAUUGCAAUAAUUUGUUAUCUCAAAAAUUCUUUUUUAGUAUUUUUAUUCCUUCAUCACAGUGCUUGUUCUUAUUUUACAAAUAUAUUAUCUCCCCCAGUCUCACUGAGUGUCCCCAAGUGGAUGGGUGGGGACAAGGCCCAAUGUCCACAGGUGAGAAGGGAAAGAGGGUCCCUGAGGCAGGAGCAGACCCUGGAAGGCAAGGUGGCCCCAUUUCAAGAGAACCCAGGUCCAACCAGGCAGAGCCCGGGACACACCUCUUGGCUUGGACAGUCAACUUACAGGUGACCCUGCUGUGAAAUGGCCAUAGGGAGGCCACCUGGUGGGGCCUGAACAGUGGAUGAGGCCUGGAACAGCAGAAUCACCAUAAGGGCCCCAAAUCAUGGCAAGUGGGGGAGGGGCCCACACCCCCUUGCCCACGGGGAAGGGCACAGACCUGGGAAGGGGGCCUCCUGGCUUGGGGCCCUGGACAGGCAUCCUCGCCCCAGAGCAUAGGCGCUAAGAGGUGGGCGCUGGGACACAUCCAGGGGGUGGGGAUGAGGGUGUGAGAAGAGGGAGGGAGGGGCCUGGUGGGGGAGGGGAGGAGGAGGCAGGGGAUGAUUGAGGAGGAAUGAAACGCGGCGGGCCGGUGCCACGGGAAUAGGGCCCCGUGUGCCCUGGUGACUGGAGAGUGGGAAGUGGGGUGGGGGCUGGUGAGGCAGUGGAUGGUAAGGAGGACGGGGUGCAGCCAGCAAGGGGGCCCGGUUGGCGAGCAGGGCCGCGCCCUCCGCCGAGCCCCACCCAUCUCCUCCCACCCCCGUCUCGCUGGGAUGGGCCUCGGCGACCGCCCGCCCCCAAGCCCAGGGCGGAGGCCUCGCGCAAAAUCCGGCGCCGCGGCUGGCGCUCGGUGAAGGAUCUUCCCUGCAGCAGCCGCUCUGGGCCGCGGUUCCGACCCGAGUCCGCUGCGGGUUUUGCCCCACGAAGAUGAACUGGGCAGCCGCGACCUGCUGGGCUCUGCUGCUGGCCGCUGCCUUCCUCUGCGACGGCAGCGCAGCCAAGGGCGGCCGUGGAGGGGCUCGGGGCAGUGCCCGGGGAGGGCGCGGGGCGUCGAGGGUACGCGUGAGGCCCGCGCCUCGCUACAGUGCCCCGGGCUCCUCCCUGCGCGUGGCAGCGGCGGCGGCGAGGGGGGCGGCCGCGGGCCUGGCAGCCGGGACAGGCUGGAGGAGGGCGUCGGGGCCCAGGGAGUACGGCCUGGAGGAGGACGAGGACUGGGUGCCUGGUGGCAACGGGUCUGGAACAGCCAGGAGGAGGGCGUCGGGGCCCAGGGAGUACGGCCUGGAGGACGACGAGGACCGGGUGCCUGGUGGCUACAGGACGGGACGGGACAUCACCAGCUACCCAGCGUGGACUUGGGGCACAGGGCCCAGGACGCGCCUCUGCCUGCUGCUGCACGGAGCCCUGGGCGCCCUGAGGCUGAGGCAGCCCUAGGCCUGGCUGGGCUCCCGGUCCAGAUCCGGCCCACAGCCCACACCGUCACCCAGGGCGCCCUGGCCCACUCGAGAGGCCACUGUGCUGAGCACGCCUGCCCUUGGCUGCUUAGGCACUUGGGGCCCACAGCACUGCCUGGACAUUCUGGCCAGGGGGCAGGAGCUGCAGCCUCUCCCACCCAUGGACCUGCUGUCCCCCAAAACAGCAGAUUCAGCUCAAAACUGGACCCUGAGUUCUCUGCCCUUCUCUCUCGCAUUUGCUGUCUUUUGUCAGAGAAAUUACCUUAACUUUACAAUUCAAUCCUUCUGGGGUUUUGUGGGGGUUUUGUAAUAAUUUGUUAUCUCAAAAAUUCUUUUUUAGUAUUUUUUAUUCCUUCA